UUUCGUUCGAUAAAAUGCCUAGAGAUCAAAUGUAUCAAAACAUUAUCUUGGUUUGGUAGUAUCCUGAAAGUUUGUGCUUCUAUAAAAUUAAAAAAGUUAGAGUUUAUUGUGUUCGUACGGAAUGUUUGUUUAAAAAGACAUUGAGAUUUCCGAAGAUAUGGGUUAGCAAGAGCUUUAACGUACAAUUACUAAGUUCAAACUUCUCACAUAAGUAUUAUUGUGAGAAAUGGAUGUAGGACUUCGAGUAGUUCGAGGACCUGAUUGGAAAUGGGGUAACCAGGAUGGUGGCGACGGGAAUGUUGGAACCGUUGUUGAAAUAGGUAAACCCGGAAGCCCAUCAAGCCCUGACAAAACAGUUGUCGUGCAGUGGGAUGCUGGUGCUAGAACGAAUUACCGUGUUGGUUAUCAAGGAGCUUAUGAUUUAAGGGUAUGGGAUAAUGCCCCAGUUGGUGUUAAGUUUCAGAAUAUUGUAUGUGAUGGCUGCAAGUGCCAGGGAAUCUCAGGAAUGAGAUGGAAGUGCCAAUUAUGCAAAGAUUUUGAUCUGUGCACAUCCUGUUUUAUGGAAGAUAAACACGAUCUUGCUCACUCAUUUUCACGCUAUGAAAAUGCAUCGUCGUUUGGUGUUAUUUUGGAUAAAAGACAAAGCAUGAUAAAACUUCAAGUCAAAGGUAUAUUUGUUGGGGCCAAAGUCGUUCGGGGACCUGAUUGGGACUGGGGCAACCAGGAUGGUGGAGAAGGGAAGAUUGGCAGGGUUGUUGAUUUGCGAGGCUGGGAUAAUGAAUCUGGCCGCAGCGUCGCUAAUGUAGCUUGGGCUUCUGGCUCAACAAACGUUUACCGUCUGGGACACAAGGGUAAAGUGGAUUUGAAGUGUGUUCAUGCUGCUGUUGGGGGAUAUUACUAUCGUGAAGCACUUCCGGUUUUGGGACUGUCAAACGAUUCCACCAGCAGACCUUCGCGCGGUCCCAGCUCCCCAAGCGCCGCCGCAGCUUUUAGCGUAGGAGACAAAGUCAAAGUUACAGUUGACGCUGAUCGACUUCGAGAAAUGCAAGAAGGACAUGGUGGAUGGAAUCCUCGGAUGGUGGAGUGCAUAGGUCACGUCGGAACAGUUCACCGCGUCACCGAAAGGGGAGAUAUUCGUGUUCAAUUUGAUGGCAGUAACCAGCGCUGGACGUUCCAUCCGCGAGCAAUUUAUCGUUUAUCGGCCUUUUCCGUCGGAGACGCAGUAAGGCUAACCGAUGAUAUUGUACACGUGAAACUUCUUCAACGAGGCCAUGGAGAGUGGGUUGAUUUAAUGCGAUUGGCUCUUGGUAAAAUCGGAAAGGUGACAAAAGUUUAUGACGAUGGUGAUCUACGAGUCACUGUGGAUGGACAGACUUGGACUCUCAAUCCAUUAUGUCUUACGCCAUUGCCUGGUUCAGCGACAGAACUGCAUAAUACCAUGGCUGCAAGCGUUCGUCAAGAGCACAUAAAUCCUUUGGCUUCAUUGCUGUCUCAUCUGCUUGUGAGUGGCCCGAAACAACAGCAACAACAACCACUUUCCCUGUCCCAUCCCAGCUAUCAGCCGGGAACGUUGAAUGAGGGCACUAUAGCCGAUCGGCUUGUAAGGGCGGCUGCACAGGGUCAAUUUAAUAUCUUCGAACAACUAUUACUACAGCAUCCCGAUAAAGCGAACGCCAAAAGCAGCGGGAAAACUUGCCUGCAAGUUGCCUCUCAUCAGGGUCACACUGAACUGGUUGGAUUCUUGUUGUCCAAAGGGGCAUCCAUGGAAAUCGCUGACGAUGACGGCGAUACAGCAUUACAUUAUGCCGCUUUUGGAAAUCAACCCGAAGUUAUGGAAUUGCUAAUCAAGAAAGGUGCCAUUAUUGAUAGUACGAAUCGUGGGAGAUGUACUCCUUUGCAUGUUGCUGUUAAUAAGCAAUUCCCUGCUUGUGUUCAAAUGCUUCUUAAAUACGGAUGUGACGUAAAUGUGCAAGAUUCAUACGGAGACACGGCCCUGCACGAUGCAAUCGGCAAAGAGAAUGCGGAUAUUAUAGAAGCUUUAGCUUCGUCAUCAGCUGUCGAUUGUACACUGAGGAACACGCGAGGUUUCAAUGUUCUUCAUCACGCCGCUCUGAAAGGGAAUUAUUUCGCUGCGGAGCGCAUUUUGAUGCGCAGCCGACAGCUGGUGGAUGUGAAAAAGGAUGACGGAUUCGCCGCCCUUCAUUUAGCUAGUUUGAAUGGCCAUGUUCAGAUGGCUAAACUGCUGUUGGAUGUCGGCCAGUGCUGCGUUGAUCCACUGAACAACCGGAGGCAGACGCCCUUACUACUAGCGGUUUCCCAAGGACAUGCUCCGCUUGUCGAGCUCUUAGUGGAAGCCGGCGCCGAUGUGACGGCUGCGGAUGAAGAUGGUGAUACGGGAAUCCACGUUGCCUGUCUCAAGUUGCAUUCACUCCAAGGAGAAGCCAGCACUACGAUGUCACCCAACAUAUUCAGUAUCCAACAAUGUUUACAUGCGAAUGGCCGAAAUCCAAAUCAUAGUCUAGCGCUGGCAAUCGCUUGUUACUUGGUGCAGCUUGGUUGUAAUCCCGAAGUCCGCAAUCGCAGAAACAAAACAUGUGCGGACCUUAUUGCUGACUCUUCUGUAUGGGAAACGUUGAUGAGUUACGUUAACCAUCGAACUUCGCUUUCGCCAGCUUCGGUUGGCGGCGAAAUUGCUACUGAAUCUGAUUCAGUCGUCAUUCCGUGCGAGACAAAAAUUACCAGUAAAGGGGGGUCGCCCGAUCAAUCGUUGCCACCUUCCGCCGGCAUUGAAUGCAUCGUCUGCUGUGAAAAUCCGCCGGAUGUGCGUUUUGAACCGUGUGGCCAUGUCGUCACCUGUUCCGAAUGUGCUCAACGGAUGAAAAAAUGUUUAAAAUGCCAUGUUGUCAUUGUUCUCAAAGCGAAUGCAGACGGCACCCCAAUAUCAAGCCACUCGUCUCAACAGCCCAGCAAAGAUCGCUUAAAAUAUUUGGAAUCUCGUAUCGCUGAAAUAGAAGAGGCUUAUACAUGUUCUAUUUGUAUGGAACGCCGUAGGAAUGUGGCUUUCCUUUGCGGCCAUGGUGCGUGUGACAGCUGUUCGCAAACGUUACGCACCUGUCAUAUGUGCCGAAAGUUGAUCGCACGUAAAAUUAAUCUGUACUGAUCAAAAGCAGAUGCGAGUGGUGUUAAUGGACGGGUUGGUUCAGCCGUUUGUCCCAAGCGAAAGGAAGUAUGCAACGCUUUGCUGCUACCGUUUCCAGUUCAAAUAGGCAAUACUUGGAAAGUCAUAUUUCAUAAUCUGCUAGAACGGGACCUCAGACUAUGCAAUGUUUCGCCCAUCCUAGCCGCACCUCAUUUUUUAUGUAAAUUUUAUUUUGGAUAAAUUCAAUAUGAAGUCUUUGUCUUUAAUUUAGCAUGAUGAUUAUGUCUAGUUAUACUGGAUAUAUUGUUUGUGCCUUUAACACGUUUGCAAAAAAGAAUUUUCUUAGAUCUGACACCGUGUGGUACUGUAUCGAUUAAGAAUACUUGAAAUGACAACAUGAAACUGAGUAAAAUUGAUAACCUAA